AUGCCAUUUAAUGCCAGUUUUAAAUUCUUACUCUCGGGAACUACAGAACGUUUACAUUUUCCAGAUGCAUUUCUAAUGCAAAUUGCUUCGCUCUUGGAAGUGUAUUGUGAGAUAUUGUCAGUAGCACAAACUGGUGACUCGUGGUGUGAGUACAAAAGUCAUCCCACCGUUUUGGCCCGCAAUACCACACCAGUUGCAUAUCCCGGUUCACCAUUGCAUUUAUCCGUUGAAUUUUGUGCCAAUCCUCCGGCGCAUGCAGCAAGAUGGCUGCAUGGCGAACGGGUCUAUACACCCGGAAAUCAAUAUGGCAAUACUGUGCUGGCCUAUGGAUUUACGGAUCUACCCACCCCCUUCUGUAAAGAAGCCCGCCUAACCUAUGUCAGUAUGCACGAACGAGUUCCACGCACUUUCUAUUUUAUUGUCUCCUCGCCCGGUGGUGUGGCCGAGGCGGUAAUUAAAGUUAAUUUUACCCUACGCUAUAGGCCUCUGUCAAAUGUCAUCGACGAAGAAGAGGAAGAACUAAGGCAACCCGAGGAAAUACAUUUUCCCAAAUUUGGUAAUCCUAAUGGGGCCAGAGCUCAAUGGGGCUCAUUUUG